UUUUAAAUUUUUAUGUUUUUUUUAGUACUUAUUUUGGAAAUAAGUAAUCCCAACCAGCAGGUUUUUAGUCAUUACAUUUAACACGAAAUUACCCGCAAAAAAAUGUUGACACUAUAACACCAUCCCACUGACAUUACUUACUUUUCCUCUAUAUAUUCGAUUCAAUCAAUAACCCUAGAGAUUUUUCGAUUUAUACGCUUCAAUUGAUUUCUCAGCAAUGGCUACCGAUGUUGAAAUGGCUCCCGCCGAUGAAGGAUCCACUGUUGCCGCACCUUCAUGCUGUUCUUCUUCUACGAAGAAGCCUAAGCGUUUUGAGAUCAAAAAGUGGAACGCCGUUUCUCUAUGGGCUUGGGAUAUUGUUGUAGACAAUUGUGCUAUUUGCAGGAAUCAUAUCAUGGACCUCUGCAUUGAAUGUCAAGCUAAUCAAGCUAGUGCUACUAGCGAGGAGUGCACUGUUGCCUGGGGUGUAUGUAAUCAUGCCUUCCACUUUCACUGCAUUAGCCGAUGGCUCAAAACCCGUCAAGUGUGCCCAUUAGAUAACAGUGAGUGGGAGUUUCAGAAGUAUGGUCACUAGAGGAUUCAACACAUUGCAACAGGGAAAGGUGCUACAAACCUGAGACUGCUUUCUAUUAGGAUGAGAUUUAUUGGAGAACUGGUAUUCAAAUUGCACAUAUGAUGUGAUUUUGAACUUCUCUGUUAUUGUUUUACUGCAAAUGUCAAACCUGUCUUGCGGUUGAUUAUGUUAUGUUUGGAAAUCCUAUCAUUAGUGACAAAUAUCAACGGGCAAAUUCUAAAUGCUAGUACAAAUUUAUCCUCA